ACCAUCCCCAGUAAGAUGGCUAAGGUAUUGAAAGUUGAGAUCAUACAGAAACAAAUCAUCAAGCCAUCUUCUCCAACCCCACCUGAGCUCAAAAGCCUCAAGCUUUCUCUUCUUGAUCAGUUCACUCCGAUCACUUACACACCAAUAAUUCUAUUUUACCCUGCAAGUGCUGAAAGAUCACAGAAGCUGAAGUCAUCGUUGUCUGAAACCUUAACUCUUUGGUACCCACUUGCAGGCAGGCUCAAAGAUAAUAGCUUUAUAGAGUGUGAAGAUCAAGGAGCUGAAUAUCUCGAAGCUCGAAUCAAAUGUUCUCUCUCCGAGAUUCUUAAUAAGCCUGAUGUAGAAGUGUUAAAGCAAUUCCUGCCCGCGGCUAUUGAAUCUCCUGAAGCAGCUACAGGUAAUCUUUUACUCGUCCAAGCUACUUUCUUUGAUUGUGGUGGCUUGGCAAUUGGGGUUUGUAUCUCGCACAAGAUGGCUGAUGCAGCCACGUUAACUACAUUCAUCCGAAGCUGGGCUGCAAUGGCUAAUGGCUCGAGUGAACUAGUGCGUCCAGUGUUUAUGGGUGCAUCUAUGUUCCCACCCAUAGACAUGUCAAUUCCAAAUGCAUCAGUGGAGCUGAUGCAACGAAAGUGCAUCACAAAAAGAUUUGUGUUCAAUGCCUCGAAGAUUACUGCCUUGAGAGCUAAAGUCGCCAGCACAACCGUGCCAAAGCCAACACGAGUAGAAGCUGUAUCGGCACUUAUCUGGAAAACUGUGAUGUCUGUGGUGAGAUCAAACUCAGGAUCUCUCAGGCCAUCUAUGUGGGCAAUUUCUGUGGAUUUGCGAAAGCGGCUGACUCCGACCUUACCACAAAACUACUCAGGCAACUGCGUGGGAUUCAUUGGUCCAAGGAACAUGGAAGCUGAUGAUAACGAGCUAGAGUUGCAAAGUUUAUUGGGGAAAAUAAGGAAAGAAAUGGAAGGAUUUGGUGAAAACUACGUGAAAAAACUUCAGGGGGAGGGAGCUUUAUUAGCAAUCUGCGAGUUUUCUAAGGAAUUUGGCGAGCUUGCCAUGAGCGAUCACAUAGACUUCUAUGUCUGCUCUAGCUGGUGUAAAUUCGACCUAUAUGCUGCUGAUUUCGGAUGGGGGAGGCCCAUAUGGGCUAGCAAUACAAGUACAAAAGUAAGGAAUGUGAUCAUUUUGAUGGAUGCAAGAGAUGGCGAGGGAAUAGAAGCAUGGUUGACUCUGAGUGACGAAGACAUGGCGCUGCUCGAAUCUAACAAAGAGCUGCUUGAAUUUGCUGCACCGAAUCCUACUGUACCCCUUAGCUAGCGAAGUAAUUAACAGCUGGUAUAGUUUCUUUGUUUUUACUCUUGGGAGUUCGUGUUUCGUCUACCCAUUUAUGUCCAAAAACUGAGUAUAUGUUCCAUGUGACACAGAUUGUCUUCUUCUUCUGCCAUGUAACAAACCACCGCAACGUUUACUGUCUUGAUUUUUCUUUAUGUUUGAAACAGAAUGCUUUUCAGGCAGCCUGCUAUGUGUCUGUUGUUAUGUAAUAACAGUUAUACAUGUUAGAAACUUGGAAUAUUGCCAUUAAUGACCUCAUAAUCC